AUUAGCUUUUUUUUUUUUUUUUCUUACGCUUCCUGUUAGCUUGAGGAGCGGAUAAGCGGUCGAAAAUACAUUACUGAUGAAUUUAUGAAAAAGCAGUCUAAUUUUUAGGAGACGUGGUUUAUUUUUGAAGUCUCUAAGGUGUAUAUUUAGGAGAAGAAAAUGAUCCGCUUCAUCCUGAUUCAGAACCGAGCAGGAAAGACGCGACUGGCCAAAUGGUACAUGCAGUUUGACGAUGAUGAAAAACAGAAGUUGAUUGAGGAAGUGCAUGCUGUGGUAACUGUUCGGGAUGCCAAGCACACCAACUUUGUGGAGUUUAGGAACUUCAAGAUAAUUUACCGCCGCUAUGCUGGCCUGUACUUCUGUAUUUGUGUGGAUGUGACUGACAACAAUCUGGCAUACCUGGAAGGAAUCCACAACUUUGUCGAGGUACUGAAUGAGUAUUUUCAUAAUGUGUGCGAGUUGGACCUCGUGUUCAACUUCUACAAGGUGUACACGGUGGUGGAUGAGAUGUUCCUUGCAGGAGAGAUCAGGGAGACCAGUCAGACUAAAGUCCUCAAACAGCUCCUCAUGCUUCAGUCGCUUGAGUAAAGAACACAACAUCCUUUCUUCUUCUUCCCCACUAAUCUUCUGCCUUGGCACCUUCAUCUCUUCCCCUUGUUACUGUUGUUUCCCUCUAAAAACAGACUCCGCCCCUCCAAAAAGGGUGUAUUCAGAAAAGAAAUGCACACUGUUAUGAAUGAUAUCGAUCUUGUUUGACUGGUGUCUGUGUGUUAUAUUCAUUUCAACACGUUGGAUCUGUGGACUUUAAAACGCUGCAGGUUCUCUGCUGAUACUGGUUGCGUGAAACAGAUCAGGUCCUAAUUAGAUGUGAUGUUAACUAUUUUUAGGUGCUGUCAUUUAUAAAAUGCUCCCAGUGACAGCUUCUUCAACAGUGAUUUCUUGUCUCAAUGGUUUGUGACCCUCUUAAACCUGAUGAGGUGCACUUGAUCCUCAGUCACUGAUCAAACUGACAUUUCAUCCCUGAUUCUUUUUAAGGGUUUUCAAAAUGUCUGAAAUUAUCCAGUAACUGGCAAAUAUUAGAGAUAAAAACAGUGACACAAAUUACGUUUUCUGUUGUGAUGUCAGGUUUGUUUAAGUGUUAAAAUAUAGUUUCGUGAAAGUUUAAAAAAAAUCCUGAUUGGUUCCACAUAAUUGACUAUUUUCAAAAAUGUACUGGCAUCAUAUCAGUACUCAGUAUGAGUUUUGAUAUGCAAAAGGUCACAUUGAUCUAUCCUUAAUUAAAAUAAAUCCAUGUUUCGUGAAGUAUCUGAGGCAGAAGGUGAAGCAGCACAAUAAUACAGCUCUCAUGCAGUUAUUUACUGGACCAAAGGCCAACGUUUCUUGGUCUGACUUGAUGAAAUCAUCUGGUCAAAGCUUUACCACUAAAAUUAGCACUUCAGCAUCACUCAGAGGUUUGACGAUUGACUUCUGAGUAACGAUAACAAAGUUACAAUCUAAUUUAUUUCCUAAUUCCUGGAAGUUGGAGGCUGCAGAAGUUAGUCAUUGUCAGUCAUUACUACGCAGUGUUGAUGAGAGCCAAUGUCCAUCUAACAGCUAGCUGACUCGCUAACAAAUACCCCCCCCCCCAAAAAAAUAAACCUGACUUGUGGUGGUUCCCAUUCAGUCAAAGGACGAGGAAACUGGAACCAGAAAAGUCCUUCAGAGUAAUUGGCCUGGCAAAAUUUGAUCAUUGACUGGAGUGUACUUGCAUCAAGAGCUGCUUUAGUUGUCAUCGUUAACUGUCAGAUGUGCUCAUGCAGCAGAUUACAGAAGCAAUAAUCUGCCCUGCAGCUGUUGAGAUGACUUGAUUUAAUCUUUGUAUUAUCUGCAAAGAAGUGAUUUUAGUAGAAGUGGGAAGUUUCCUUCUCGUCUGUAUGUUGGUUGCACAUGUAGCCAUGGCUCCACAAUGUGAGCUGUCACCUGAACCACAAAAGCUCGAUAUUAUGAUUUCGAUACUGAACUUCCUCAUAUCAGAGUAAAUCGGCUUUUAAAUGCUUAUGCUUUUGUUUGUGCAAAGACAUAACCCGUCAUAGUCCAGCUUUAACUGUCUCUUUCAGAUGUUAUACUGUUGUAUUUUUUUUUUAUGAUCAAUAUAUUGAGAUAUGUACUUUGUGUGUUGAUGGAUGUUUGUGUGUAUUCACUCCUAUUCAGGAUCACACUAUAUGUAAAUAAAAGUAGCAGAUGCGGUGCUACAGUGAACAUUUCUGCCUCCACCUUACGGGAGAAUUCCAUUAAAAACAGUAUGCAUGAGAGAA